CUCAUGACAGCAGUGUGAGGUGGCAUGUUCCAUGUGUCCCUGCCCUCCUGACAACCUAGUUAAAGCUCCCAUCGUGGCACGCCACACAGUAUGGUGCUGCACACUGGGAUUCAGCUACUGUAGGCAAAUACAGCAGUGUGUGUGUGUGUAUGUAUGUGUGUGUGUGUGUGUGUGGGGGGUAGUCAGACUGCAACAGCAUCAUGGACACAGAAUAUUCUAAGAGAGUGUACCAAGGCGUUCGAGUCAAGCACACAGUCAAAGACCUGCUGGCCGAGAAGCGAUCCCGACAGACCAACGGGCCCAGAUACAGUGGAGGAUCAACCUCUCCGCCUUCAUUCGUCCAGAUGCCAGGGUCUCAUAUGCUGCCCAGCUACUAUGGCAUGAGGCGCUCCUUCAUCUCAGAGUCAGACUUCUGCCAGUCCACCAAGCAGUUCUCUCCGGACGUGUACUCGCCCACACUGGGUGGCAAACCUCUGGGCUGCGAUCCGUCCACCAUGCCCAACUACUCUUCCUUCAUUGACAGCUACUACCCAGAGACCUUUGGCGAUUACCGCAGUGCUGCUGCCUUCUCCAGCUCUGGAGGAUCCUUCCUGCCCUCAUCGGCCCUCUCGUCCCUGCUGCCUCCCUUUGGUGGAGAGUCCUCGCAUUUAUUUCUGAGAGACUCAUGGGAGCAGUCAGUUCCAGAGCCAGUGUCACAGGUGGAGGCUAUGUGUCCGGACAGCCUGGCCUCUGUCAGCGUUCCGCCCUCCAUGCCCAGCCCAGAACCCCCAGGGAGCCCCUCCCAGUACCGUUCACCCAGCCGGGGCUCCUCCAUGGCCCCCUGCUCCAGCAGCCAGCCCUACAUCCUGCACUCCAUGGAGGAAGCCCACUACCACCCCUUAACCACCAGCACCUCCUACCAGGUCCCCUCCACCUCCUUCCCCUGCCCUUCCUACAUGAGCACUCCCAUUAGCGACCUGGUGUCCAAGAUGGUGACAGAGGAGGCGGCCGACAGCCACGCCAGCCUGCCUCCCAACAGCGAAGCUCAUUCCUCCUGGGCAAAGGAAGAUGGAGUGAGCUGUUGGUCGCCCUACGAGAUCAGGAGGGCCUACUGACCAGAGGACGGGCCUGAUGGUCAAUAUUUAUAACAAGAUGGAGGUUGAACAGACAAUUAAACUCAACAAAUACUUUACAGCGCAGGGAAAACUCACUCAGUCAAUCAGAUGUGAAGUGUUUUGUUGACAGGACAAUUUCAAUGCAUUUACAAAGAGAGGGUUGAAGUUGAUAGGUUGGGAGGUGUGUGGCAUCCUCUGUUGACCAAGGUGCCCUCAUUACAGACCAAUCUGAUGGGAAAUGUCUACGAGUAUGUUAAAGGGCCUUUGUUGAUUUGUAUAAAAGAGUGACUAGCAUGGACUAAAAUAACACACCGUAACCCUAAAACUGAAAAACAAAAAAAUAAUCAAAUUUUUUUAAGUUGAUAAAAUAUGGUUGUCAUUUUCCUAAUGUAUAAUAUGAGGACAUGUGCUUGCUAUACAAAACUAACCUAUGUGUUACUUGCACCCCAGGGAGUAAGUCCACACUUGGCUGGGGAUGCAGGGUAAGAUUGGAGUAGCUCAACUAAUUUAAAAAAUAUAUAAAUUAUUGAUCAGGUAAAAUAAGUACAGUAGCCUACCUACAUCAACAUAUUUGUGUUUAGGUGAAAAUAAACAUACAAGUAGGAUUUGAACAUGGUGUGAGGCUGAUCUUUAGUGUAUUUCCACAAUAACUAGUAAACAAUAAGCCAAGUGCACAGGACAAGCCUCCCACAGACCUGAGUCAGCUGGACCACUUUAAUGCCACAUGCUGUGCUUGAGAUUAGGAAAAACUAGUUUGCAUAUGAGCUGAGAGGCUAAGAUACAUAGCUGCAAUUGUUGAAUGGUCCAUGUUCAUGUCAUCUAAGUGGAGGUAAUGAAGGCAAACUUGACCAAACCUUCUGAGGAAAAGUAGCCCAGCCCAAACAGUGACAUCACCAGGAUCACUAUGUCUUGAAUUUGAACAGCAUCCACAGAAUAAAACAUUAGAA